AGUUUCUUGGUUUCCUUUCCCAGACAACAGAUUUGAAAGCAUGCGCAACGAUCAGUACUUAUCCAAGCUUCAAGUUUCCAACUGUGGCCACUUGUAAAUGCCGGCCUGUGUUGGCGGCUGCCUUGGACUGCCCCUUUGAGCUGAUCACCCCUCUCCAUUUCUUUACUCCCUCAGCACCGAAACUAUUCCUCGAAGUAAUCAGUCAGUCAAAUGCCUCACUAGGUACUAGGCCAGCUCUUCCCGUCAGAAAUCCGAGUCAGCUUGGCGAAACAAUGAGGCUCCUGAUGGCGCUAUGGGUGGCGGUGCUUGGCUGUGCUGAUGUGGUGCACGGCGGCGAGCAGCCGCUGUCGAGGAUCGCCAUCAGGAGGGCGACGGUCGCCGUCGUUGGCUCGGCCAGCGUGAAGGCUCACCCCACGGUUCUUGGCCUCAAGGGUGAAAGUAGUGAUUGGGUGGUCGUUGAAUCCUCGCAUCCGAAUCCUUCGGACGACGAUUGGAUCGGCGUCUUCUCUCCUUCAAGUUUCAGCUCUGAAAUCUGCCAGCCUGAAAAUUACGGGGAUCUCCCGCCUUUGCUGUGCACUGCACCGAUAAAGUUCCAGUUUGCAAACUUCAAGAACGAUGCCUACAAUAAGAGUGGCAAAUGCUCCUUGAGGCUGCAGCUGAUCAACCAGAGAGCGGAUUUCGCAUUUGCGCUCUUUUCUGGAGGCCUCUCGGCUCCAAAGCUGAUUGCUGUCUCAAACAAAGUGUCAUUUGAAAAUCCAAAGGCGCCCGUCUACCCUCGGUUGGCACAAGGGAAAUCGUGGAACGAAAUGACUGUCACUUGGACAAGUGGAUACAGCAUCAAGAAAGCAGUACCAUUUGUGGAAUGGGGCCCUAAAGGCGGAGAUCGAACACUUUCUCCUGCUGGAACAUUGACAUUUAGAAGAAAUAGCAUGUGUGGUUCACCAGCACGGACAGUCGGAUGGCGUGAUCCUGGUUAUAUUCAUACAAGUUUCUUGAAGGAAUUGUGGCCUGAUGCUUUAUACACUUACAGGCUUGGUCAUAGGCUAUCAGAUGGUACUCACAUUUGGAGCAAGUUUUACAGUUUCCGCGCAUCACCAUAUCCCGGGCAAGAUUCUUUGCAGCGCGUUGUGAUCUUUGGAGACAUGGGAAAGGCACAAAUAGAUGGUUCAGAUGAGUAUGGUAACUACGAGCAAGCCUCUCUGAGUACCACUAAACAGAUCAUCAAGGACUUGGAGAACAUUGACAUGGUCAUCCACAUUGGAGAUAUUUCUUACGCGAAUGGAUACUUGUCACAGUGGGAUCAGUUUACAGCGCAGAUAGAACCCAUUUCUUCAACUGUGCCAUACAUGAUUGGCAGUGGUAAUCACGAGAGAGAUUGGCCUGGCACCGGAUCGUUCUAUGGGUACAACGAUUCUGGUGGCGAGUGUGGCGUUCCUGCCCAGACUAUGUUCUAUGUACCUGCCGAGAACCGGGCAAAAUUCUGGUACUCGACAGACUAUGGCAUGUUCAGAUUCUGCAUAGCUCACACUGAGGAGGACUGGAGGCCAGGAACUGAGCAGUACAGGUUCAUUGAACAUUGCCUGUCGUCGGUCGACAGAGAGAAGCAGCCAUGGCUAAUCUUCCUCGCACACCGGGUUCUCGGGUACUCAUCAGCCAGCUGGUAUGAGAUCAUGAUGGGCUCGUACGGCGAGCCGAUGGGUCGAGAAGGCCUCCAAGAACUUUGGCAGAAGUACAAGGUUGAUCUUGCUGUUUUUGGUCACAUUCACAGCUACGAGCGCACCUGCCCCAUCUAUCAGAACCGGUGUGUUCAGGAUGGAUCAAACCAUUACAGCGGGCGAUUCAAUGCGACGACCCAUGUCGUCGUCGGUGGUGGUGGCGCGAGCCUAUCUCCGUUCAGAACCACUGUGCCAUACUGGAGCUUCUUCAGAGACUUCGACUUCGGGUUCGCCAAGCUCACGGCCUUCAACCAUUCAUCUCUGCUGUUUGAGUACAAGAAGAGCCGCGACGGCAAUGUGUAUGAUCAUUUCACAAUCUCGCGCGAUUACCAAGACAUCCUGGCCUGCUCCAUCGACAAUUGCCCCAGGACCACCAUUGCUGUUUGAGCAAACUCUAGAGUCAUAUAUGUGCUGAUAAAGCAAGCCUCCAUUUUGGUCAUCCAUGUGAAGCCUGUGACUUGAGGUCGGAUGCUCAAUGACUGCACUAUUUGACACUUUCGCCUAGUACGUGACAUUGUUUUCUGCUGCCCUUCAGAAUCUAGCUAGGCAUGAGAAUGUUUAUAAGUUGUCUAUGAGUUUGUUGUUACAGCUUUUUAAAAAAAUAUAUGUUUUCAACUAA